AAAAACUCAAGAACAGCAUGUGGUAUCACAGCUUAUUUUAGUUGCGCCCUCCCACCUCCGUUUCUUAUUUCAGUCGACCCAAUAAACCCAAAAGAUAUUCUAUGGGUUAAACUCAAACUCUCGAGGUCUGUCUCACUCCUACGUGGAGUCGUGUACCGUCCCCCACAGAGUUCACCCCUCGAAAGCCAACUACUCAGUGACCAGUUCAAGCCAAUAAGUGGCACCCAUCCUUUCACCCACCUUCUAAUUACUGGUGAAUUCAAUGCCACGGGUCUUGAUUGGCUCAGAGCAUACUUUGGCCGUCCUUUUAUUGAUCUAGUACUAGAAAACUCCUGGACUCAACACGUGGAUCAACCUACGAAGUUCCGUCCAGGCCAGGCCCCUUCAUUGCUAGAUCUGAUUAUAACGAAUGAAAAAAAUCAGAUCAACAUGGUAAAUCUCCUCACUAGAUUACAAACUGCGCACGCAAAGAACCCUUCCUCUACAAGUAUAUCCGUCGACUCCGCGGCACAUCUCACCCCCCUCUCGCCCUCAAGUUACCAGAUGGGACAGAAGUAA